AUGCAUCUACCUUCAACAGCUUUGUCAAGCUUGUAUAAUAAAAUAGUUAAUUUUAUCCCAGAAAUCUCUUAUGAAACUUUAAGAGAUGAAUAUACAGACUUUAUGUCUAAGUGGAGUGAAUUCAAAAAGACUAUUUUUUGUGAACAUUAUGACUACACUGAAUAUAACUCUGAUAGUGAAUAUGAUGGAGAUGAUGAAGACAAAUGUCCCCAUACUACAACUGGUGACAAGUACUGUGUGGUUUGUAUUUUUAAUUUCUUAGUGAAGUAUAAUUUAUACACCAACGCUUAUCCUGGUCUCUACAACUUCUACAAAUUAAUACUCACUCUAUCAGUAACUCAAGUUAGCUGUGAACGAGGUUUUUCAAAAUUAAAAUAUAUAAAAACAUAUUUAAGAAGCACCUUGUCACAAGACCUUUUAGAAAGUUUUAUGCUCAUGUCUAUAGAAAAAGAAUUGUUGGUCAAAAUUGACUCCGAUCAAAUUAUUGACAAAGUGGCUUCUAAAAGCAAGUCGUUAACAAAAUUAUUCAUGUAUUAA